CGGCGCUAUUUCCCUCGUCUCCGGAUACACACGCGGUUACGCCCCGCAGACGCGAUCGCCGCCUCCCCUAGUCCCCCUCACGCCAAAACCUAGCGCCGCCUCGCCCUUGACCUCGCCGCGCUUCCGCUCGACGGGAUCCCGCCAUGCCGAUCUCUUCCUCCCUCUCCGCGCGCCUCGGUGCCGGCGGUGCCGUGCCCUCGCCCGCGCCCGCGCCCACGCGGUGGAGCCCGUACGCCCGCCCCUCUGAAUCCCGCAGGGGCGGCGGCGGUGGCGGCUGCACCAAGGUCUGCCGUCCUCCCCUCCGCCUCGAACCCGCCACGGCGAGGCUCCUGGGCGCUGCACAGAAGGCGGCAGCCUCCAGAUCGAGCUGUGGCAAGGAGGCCACCGCGUCGGAUGUUGCAGCCCCUACGCUACGGCGGCGUGGGGAGCAGAAGUCGAAUCCAAAGCCGGCCGAGACAAACGAGGUGCUGCCGGUCGAGGAGAGCCGUGGCACCGGCGGUUUCUCCUUCCUCUGUACCCUCGCCGGACACACGGAGACUAUCAGUGGGAUCUCUAUGCCGAUGGGUUCAGACAAGCUCUACUCUGGCAGCGCCGACGGCUCUGUUCGCGUUUGGGACUCCAACUCUGGCAAGUGCGUUGAUGUCAUCAAGAUGGGAGGGAAGAUUGGCUGCAUGAUUACUCAUGACACGUGGGUAUUUGUUGGAAUCCCAAAAUCUGUGGAGGCCUGGAACACAAGGACAGGGAUGAAAUUAAGUCUUCGAGGACCUUCUGGGCUUGUUUGUUCCAUGACUAUCAAGGAUGAGAUGCUGUUUGCUGGCACGGCGGACGGUCGCAUCAUGGCUUGGAAGUUUCCUGCUGAGGAGAAUGACUCGGAACCGGUGUCAAUCCUCAUUGGCCACGAGCGUCAUGUGAUUUCACUUUCUGCCUCAGCAACAAGGCUUUACUCUGGCUCACUUGACAAGACCAUCAAAGUAUGGGACCUUAAAACUCUGCAGUGCAUUGAGACACUCUCCGAGCAUAAAUCUGCUGUUACUUCUGUCCUCUGUUGGGAUCAAAAUUUACUAUCUUGCUCUCUGGAUAAGACCGUAAAGGUCUGGGCCGCUACAGAGUCUGGAAACCAUCGAGUGAUAUAUACCCAUGCUGAGGAGCAUGGAUUGCGUACUCUCUUCGGCAUGCACCGUGUAGGAAGCACACCAGUUCUGUUCUGUUCCCUCCACAACAGCAACCGCAUCCGCCUGUUCGACCUGCCAUCUUUUGGCGAGAUGGGCGAGCUUUCCUCCCAGAAAGAAGUGAAGGCCAUUGAGCUGGCGGUCGUGGCCGGCGGGCUGCUCUUCACUGGAGAUGGCGCCGGCGAGCUGAAGGUGUGGAGGUGGGAGCCCGCCACUCCGGCGCUAGCACAAACACCAGCGCAACAGCAUUGCGCGUCGCCGGAGAACAGCGACUGAUGUCAUGCGUGAAUUCCAUGUCUGUAUAUACUGUAAAUUAAUUACUUGUGGCAGCUCCGAAAUGCCGAUGUAAACAAUUCGCCCGACGUAAUCACGGGCCGUGUUCCCGUGCUGCGGGCCAUAACUGCCGCCGCCCACUUGAGUUGCGUGCCAUCUUGCCGUUGCCAAAGCAUAUGGCGUCCAAUAAGCGACUCCUCCAUUAAUCUA